GCACCCGUUUUCCGUAAGCCCAUAAGAGUGAGAGCGGUACAGCGAUGAACCUGAAGCCGCGGCGUGUUUAAGGAAAGCGGAGUCGCUCUCACGCAGCUCACGGCCAUGGACCGCUUCUGCAACGCGGAUUCCAACAACUCCGUCAACCCCUUCUGGGACUGGAACCGCACAUGGCGUGCUCAAAACCCAGACGUGACGCAGUGUUUUCAGAACACAGUCCUCAUCUGGAUCCCAUGUUUCUACCUCGGGCUCAUCGCACCCUUUUACUUUCUGUACCUCAAAAGCCAUAAUCGCGGCUACAUCUGCAUGAGCCACCUGAAUAAAGCCAAAACCGUCACUGGGUUACUGCUGUGGAUCAUCUGCUGGUCAGAUGUUUUCUACUCUUUCUGGGAAAGAGGUCACGGGGUUGCAGUCGCACCCGUUUACCUGGUCAGUCCCACGCUGCUGGGCAUCACCAUGUUGCUGGCUACGUUUUUCAUCCAGUACGAGCGGAUAAAAGGCGUCCAGUCCUCCGGCGUGAUGCUGCACUUCUGGCUCAUAGCUUUAGUUUGCGCUACAAUCACGUUUCGCUCCAAAAUCCUGCAGGCCCUCGACGAGCUUUCCUCUGUAAACAUCUUCAGAUACACCACCUUCUACAUUUACUACACACUGUUGUUAAUCUCCCUCGUCCUGUCCUGCAUACCUGACCGACCGCCGCUCUUCUCCCCGACAGUCAAAGAUCAGAAUUUAUGUCCUGAAGCUGGAGCAAGCUUCCUGUCCAGAAUCACCUUCUGGUGGAUCACAGGGUUGAUGAUGCGUGGAUACAAAAAGCCUCUAGAGGAGAAAGAUUUGUGGUCCCUGAACCCAGAAGACGAGUCUCAGAGGGUCGUACCUCAGCUGGUGCGCCGCUGGGAUCACGAGUGCAACAAGGGCAGAAGUAGGACAGAAGGCAAAGCCAUGACGCUGUACUCUCCAAAACGCUCGUCCAGGGCCGAGAACAAAGACUCGAGAGAGCAACCGAUCGAAGAGUCUGAGAUCUUGAUCUCGAAAGCUUCUCAGAAGCCCAAGGAGCCGUCGCUCCUCCUCGCCCUGUGCCGGACCUUCGGGCCGUACUUCCUCGUCAGCACCGUCUACAAGUUCAUUCAUGACAUCCUGAUGUUCGCGGGGCCGGAAUUCCUCAGGCUGUUGAUCCAGUUUGUGAACGACUCCAGCGCCCCCUUCUGGCACGGCUACUUCUACACGGUGCUGCUGUUCUUGUGCACCUGCACCCAGACGCUCAUCCUGCAGAGAUACUUCCACGUGUGUUUCGUGUCGGGAAUGAGGCUGCGUACGGCCAUCGUGGGCGCCGUGUACAGGAAGGCUCUGGUGAUUACGAAUGCCGCCCGUCGCACCUCUACGGUGGGAGAAAUCGUGAACCUCAUGUCUGUAGACGCACAGCGCUUCAUGGACCUCAUCACGUACAUUAACAUGAUCUGGUCCGCACCUCUUCAGGUCGUCCUGGCACUUUACUUCCUGUGGCAGAAUCUGGGCCCGUCUGUGCUGGCUGGCGUCGCCGUCAUGGUGCUGAUGGUUCCAGUAAACGCAGUUAUAGCCAUGAAAACCAAAACCUACCAGGUUGCACAGAUGAAGAGCAAAGACAACAGGAUAAAGCUGAUGAACGAGGUGCUGAACGGCAUCAAGGUGCUGAAGCUGUACGCGUGGGAGCUGGCCUUCAAAGACAAAGUGUCUCAGAUCAGAGAGAGCGAACUGCGCGUGCUGAAGAAGGCCGCGUACCUCGCCGCCGUCUCCACCUUCACCUGGGUGUGCGCUCCCUUCCUGGUGGCGCUGUCGACUUUCGCCGUGUACGUGCUCGUGGACGAGAACAACAUUCUGGACGCGCAGAAGGCCUUCGUGUCGCUCGCGCUCUUUAACAUCCUGCGUUUUCCCCUUAACAUGCUCCCCAUGGUCAUCAGCAGCAUGGUGCAGGCGAGUGUUUCAAUGAAGCGUCUGCGUGCAUUUCUUUCUCAUGAGGAACUGGAAGAGGACAGUGUGGAUCGCAGAGCAGUUACUGGCUCACCCGAAAGCAUCAGGAUCGUGGACGGAACUUUCAGCUGGUCUAAAGACGACCCUCCUGCUUUAAAGAGGAUUAAUGUGUGUAUUCCUGAAGGAGCCCUUGUCGCUGUAGUAGGUCAGGUCGGUUCGGGAAAGUCCUCCCUGCUCUCUGCUCUUUUGGGAGAAAUGCACAAACAGGAGGGCUCGGUGUCAGUCAAGGGUUCAGUGGCGUACGUGCCCCAGCAGGCGUGGAUCCAGAACGCCACGCUGAAGGAGAACAUCGUGUUCGGGCAGCAGAUGAAGGAAAGCUGCUAUCAGAGAGUGCUGGAGGCCUGCGCUCUCCUCCCAGACCUGGAGAUCCUUCCCGGAGGAGACGACACCGAGAUCGGAGAGAAGGGAGUGAAUUUAUCAGGAGGACAGAAGCAGCGUGUCAGUUUGGCUCGAGCGGUGUAUUGUGAUUGCUCCGUGUAUUUUAUGGAUGAUCCCCUGUCCGCCGUCGACGCUCAUGUCGGGAAACACAUCUUCGAGAAGGUCAUCGGGCCUCAGGGUCUGCUGCAGGGACACACGCGAGUGCUGGUGACCCACGGCCUCAGCUUCCUGCCUCAGGUCGACCUCAUCCUGGUGAUGGAGGACGGACAGAUCACGGAGGCAGGCUCGUACACGGAGCUGCUCGGCCGACACGCCGCCUUCGCCGAGUUCCUGCGCUCUCACACCAACACUGAACAGGAAGACGAGAGCGAGGGGGGCGGAGAGGAGGGCAGGGCACAGGAAGAGCAGAGUGAGAAAUCUGAAGAUACAACGACACGGAAAACUCUGGAAAACGGAGGACCGGCGGCUCUGAUUGGACAAAGCCAGGGUUCUUUACCCACAUCAGGAACAUCGAAGCAGAAGACCGAGAGCAACGACAUCAAAGAGCUGAAAGUUAAAUCCUCAGAUGCGGCCAAACUGACCGAGGCGGAUAAAGCCAAGACCGGCCGAGUGAAGCUCGCCGUGUUCUGGGAGUACAUGAAGGCCAUCGGAGUUUGUCUGUCGGUCUUCAGCAUCUUACUCUUCCUCGCUCAUCAUGUAGCGUCUCUGGGUUCUAAUUACUGGCUCAGCUUAUGGACCGACGAUCCGGUCAUUAAUGGGACUCAACCCACCAGAGACAUGAGACUGGGAGUGUAUGGAGCGCUGGGACUCACACAAGGAAUCGCCGUGUUCUCUUACUCCAUCUCCGUAUCGAUCGGUGGGAUCCUGGCGUCUCGCUACCUUCACGAGACCAUGCUGUACAACGUCCUGCGCUCGCCCAUGUCGUUUUUCGAACGCACUCCCAGCGGGAACCUGGUCAACCGCUUCUCCAAGGAGACGGACACCAUCGACUCCGUGAUCCCGAGCAUCAUCAAGAUGUUCAUGGGCUCCAUGUUUAACGUUCUGGGGUCGUGCGCCGUCAUCCUCAUCGCCACUCCGGUUGUCGCUGCCAUCAUCCCUCCUCUUGGGAUCUUCUACUUCUUUGUGCAGCGCUUCUACGUAGCUUCGUCUCGGCAGCUGAAGCGUCUGGAGUCGGUGAGCCGCUCUCCGGUGUACACACACUUCAACGAGACCCUGCUGGGUACGAACGUGAUCCGAGCCUUUGGAGUGCAGAACCGCUUCAUCAGAGAGAGCGACAGCCGAGUGGAUCACAACCAGAAAGCCUACUUCCCUAGCAUUGUGGCUAAUAGGUGGUUAGCAGUGAGGCUGGAGUUUGUGGGGAACUGCAUCGUGACGUUUGCUGCGUUUUUUGCUGUGAUGGCCAGAGACAGCCUGAGUCCAGGCAUCAUGGGACUUUCCAUCUCUUACGCCCUGCAGGUCACAGCGUCUCUGAACUGGUUGGUGAGAAUGUCGUCGGAGAUCGAGACCAACAUUGUAGCUGUAGAGAAAGUAAAGGAGUACGAAGAAACCGAGAAGGAGGCGGAAUGGAAACUGGAGAAAAGCUCGGUUCCUGCCGGAUGGCCGACUGUGGGCCACAUCGAGAUCCGGAAUUUUGGUCUGAGGUACCGACAGGACCUGGAACUGGCCAUCCAUGAUAUCAACGUGGUCAUCAAGGGAGGAGAGAAGGUGGGAAUUGUGGGUCGGACCGGAGCUGGGAAGUCGUCUCUGACUCUGGGCUUGUUCCGGAUCAUCGAGGCGGCUCAGGGAGAGAUCUGUAUCGAUGGAGUGAACAUCUCGGAGCUUGGCCUUCAUGAUCUGCGCUCCCGCAUCACCAUCAUCCCACAGGACCCGGUUCUGUUCUCCGGAUCUCUGCGCAUGAACCUGGACCCGUUCGAUGGUUACUCUGAUGAGGAGGUGUGGAAAGCUCUGGAACACGCUCAUCUCAAACACUUCGUCUCAGGCCUUCAGGACAAACUGAACCACGAGUGUUCAGAGGGAGGAGAGAACCUCAGUCUGGGACAGAGACAGCUGGUGUGUUUGGCUCGAGCUCUUCUCAGGAAGACAAAGAUUUUGGUUCUGGAUGAAGCCACAGCGGCUGUGGACGUGGAGACGGACGAACUGAUCCAGUCCACCAUCCGCACACAGUUCGAGGAGUGUACAGUGCUGACCAUCGCUCACCGCCUCAACACCAUCAUGGACUACACACGUGUGCUGGUUCUAGAUAAAGGUCAGAUGGUGGAGUUCGAUUCUCCAUCCAGUCUCAUCGCACAGCGCGGGAUCUUCUACAAAAUGGCCAAAGACUCGGGUUUGGUCUGAUUUAAAACCCACGAGAGGAGAAGCAGCAGCACUCUUUCUGCCACCGUCACUCCAAACUAGCGCACAGCCGUCACUCCGCUCUUUACCGUGUGGAAUCAGCGGUCUGGUGUAGAACACAAGUAGAACACAUCUCACUUUCCACCGUUCAUUCUAGAACACAGCCUUUUCCUUCCAGAAGCCACCGUCUAGUCUAGAGCUUCACAGCGGUCACUCCGGGAGGCCCCACCGAACCAUUGUAGAACACAGCUGUGGGCGGAGCCUGUGGACAGACGAUCUUUCCCAGCUGUUGUAUGAGCUGUUUAUUUAGCGUCGUUAUUUUACCGGGGGUUAAAGAGAGAGACUCGACCUUCACACCAAAAAAAAAAUAUAUAUAUAUAGGUUUAUUUAGUAAGAUUUUAUUUUUGAGAUACAAAAAGAGAACUUGAAGAAUU